CAUAAUUAAAAAAAAUAGUUAAUGAACUGAGAAAAUAUAACUAGCUUCGUUGAUUUAUUUUAUACAUAUACUUAUUUGAUGUAUUACAAGCAGUAAUAGUAGUGCUAUUUACAUAAUUCCAAUGACUUUAAAGAAUAUUGCUAGAUUAAGAAAGUAAUGGUUGAUUGUCACCGUGCUGAGCAAGCGGCACGAUGGCAAGGCGAAAGAAGGCAGCAGCGAAGCCCGCGACGCGGCGGAUGCCCCGGCGGGGAAAGGCAGCGGCUGCGUCCGCGGCCGUGGAAGGCGAGUCGUCCGCCGUUGAACCUCCUCCUGAAAAGCCCUCUGAGCUAGAGCCGCCUGUCGAACAAACACCCGUUGAACCGACGCCCGUCACCGACUCCCAACCAUCUGUCUCCCAAGACUUGCAAACUAAUCAGACACCAAAACCAACAGUACCCACUGUAGUAGUUCACAAGAAAUUCGGCAAAUAUCGCUGCCUCUUCAACAACGAGGAUUCAUUUACUAGAAGAUAUGACUUAGGAAGUGAUAGUGAAACUAACAGUAGUGUAGAAAUCAGGGUUGUUGACCCCUGUGCUAGCUCAGAAUCUGAUUCAAAUACAGCAGCCGAUACACAGACAGAAAACUGUAGUGUAGUGACAAAUUUUAGUUCUUUGAACGAUGUCAAUCACCAGAUAAACAUAAACAACACAAAUAUGUCAGCAGCAAUACAAACAAAUUCUGUGCUUCCGAUAGCAAAUGAAAUACCAAUGCCAAGUGAAGCCCCUUUGUCUGAACUACCUCUAACUUCUGAAAUACCUCUACCUAUUGAACCGCCUAUAGCUUCCGAAGAACAUGUACUAUAUAAGACAUCUGAGCAUAGUGAAAUUCCACUGUUAUCUGAAUCAACACCAAUUGGGGAAAAUGAAAAUUUACUAGCUGGCAUCUCAUUGCCAUCUGAAAUUCCCCUACCAGUAGGACCACCAAGUUCAUCAGAACCUUUUUUAAUUGAACCAUCUUUGACUUCAGAAAUUCCAUUUCCUGCAGAGCCGACUCAAGCUAGCAUACCAUAUCCAUCAGAUGCAAUACCAGGCUUGACAUUGGCAACGGGAGUUCCUCUAACAGUUGGCAUUCCUCUGUUGAAUGAUAUACCAAUGCCUGAAGCACCAGCAACAGACAGCACAUUGAAUCAUGUACCUGAAGCAGCUACCUUAGAAACAGCCUUAGAAACAAAUACAAAAGUAACAUAUAAUCAAACUGAUGAAUAUCCAAAUACAGUAAAUAAAGAGAACACGAACCUAGACAUUCCAGGUGAACAGGAACAAAUGGAGUAUGGUGCUGAUGAUGAAGAGCUCAUAACCAUUGUUCAGAUUGUUGAAGAUGACAACCAAGAGCUGUACUACAACAUCAACAUGGACAGUCCAGAUGAGACAACAGAAAAGAAAGAACAGGAUGGAGAGUUUCAAAAACACUUUGCUAAACUCAAUAUUACUGCUCAUAAUGCUGUUUCUAUGGACUGUUCUCAACCUGGGUCUAAAUUACAAAUGCCUGAGCAAUUAUCUAGACCAGACCCAAGUCUAACUCCCAGCUCCAUUGUAUCUGACGACAGUAACUCUUCAAGAGUUGCUGAAACGGCUGUAAAUGCAACUGAGUCAACAGAAUCUUCCCCUACGGGAGUUAGACGCUCAAAUAGAAUAAAGACUAUUAGUAGUCAAAAACAAAAGUCAAAAGGCUAUGGAUUAGUAAAGACUCCAUUAAAGAAAGCUUUAAUCACGCAAACAAAGCUUAAGCUUGAAGAGAACAACUCAGAUAGUCAAGAAAAAUCAGGAGAUACAGCAACUAGCAUUGCUCCCAAUUCUCCUUCAUUCCCAGUGCCUUCAGAUCUGCCUGUCAAAGUGAAAUCAAGAUGGCGUCGGUCCAGCGAGCUAGAAAUGGGCGCCAAUUCUCCAGCAAACUCACCAUUAGCUAGCCCUAGUCUGCCUCAACGGUUGCAACCAGUACCUGAAGCUCUAAACGCAGAAGACCAAACACACACAUUAACUAAAGAAGCAUAUGACAAAAUUAUAGAUGAGAGAAUGAAACAAUUUCAGCACUUGGAUGAGAAUGAGUAUUUGUGUGAGCGAAUGAUCAGUAAGGAUACAAAGAAGAUGAUUUGCGACUGUUUUAUGACCAAAGAGGAGAUUGAGAGGGGAGAGCUAGGCUGUGGAGAAGACUGUCUUAAUAGAUUGCUUAUGAUUGAAUGCAACUCCCGAUGUCCUGUGGGCGACCGGUGUACCAACAGAAGGUUCGAGAAGCGAGAGAAUGGGGCGCUGAAGGUGUUCUACGCUGACAAGAAGGGAUGCGGUGUGGAAGCCGCUGAUGACAUUACGGCAGGCGAAUUCCUCAUGGAAUACGUAGGCGAAGUUCUAGACUACGACCAGUUCUACAAGCGCGCGCAGACCUAUUCUGACGAGAACAACCUUCACCACUACUUCAUGUCCCUAAAAGGCGACACGGUCAUCGACGCGACGAUGAAAGGCAACAUAUCCCGGUUCAUCAACCAUUCCUGCGAUCCGAACGCUGAAACGCAAAAGUGGACGGUGAACGGCGAGCUCAGAAUAGGGUUCUUCAGUAAGAGAGAUAUCGCCGUUGGGGAGGAGAUCACGUUUGAUUACCAGUUCAAACGGUUUGGAAAAGAGGCGCAGCGCUGCUACUGCGGGGCCGACGCGUGCCGCGGGUGGAUUGGCGCUGAACCCGACUCCGACGACGAAGAUGAAGAGGAGGAGGAGGACGACGUGUCAACAACGAAGGUUCCGGAGGCGGUGUCGGUGGAGACGCCGGCCGCCGCGGCCUCGGCGCCGCGCGCGCGCCCGCGCCCGCGCCGCGCCCGCGGCUACAAGCCCAGCCAGGACCUGGUCCAGGACGCCGACAUCGAAGAAGACCUGGAAGCGUUGCACCGCACCGGGGUGAAGAACCAGAGCCACACGCUGCGCCUGUCGCGUACAGUCGUCCGCGCAAAGACACGCCGCGCGCAGGUCGCUCUACUGCGGCUCCUACGCGACGCGGACCUGCCGUGUCGCCGCCUGUUCCUCGACUACCGCGGCCUGAGGCUGCUGGCGCCCUGGUGUACCGACGCUCCCAUGGACUUCAGACUCGAGAUGCUACAGACAGUGGAUCGUCUGCCCAUAACGAACAAGACCAUGGUCUCUGAGAGCCGAUUCUUCACCAUCGUCGAGCGGUGGCUCAGCGACACUCCCACUCCUGAUGUCUUCAUUGAUGAAUCCACUGGUUUGCCAGUAGAACUUACCAACAAACCGCAAGACGACAGUACAGAUGUCAGCUCAGUGUUGGAAAACUUGGAAAAAGUCAAAGAUCUAUGUAGUCAAUUACUGGAAAGAUGGUCCAGCCUAAAGGAGGCCUUCAAAAUACCCAAAAAGGAGCGCAUCCAACAAAUGAAAGAGCACGAACGCCAAGCCAACGUCGAGCGACGCGCCGCAGACUCGAGCGGUUCCCGCGAUCGCGACCGCGAGCGGCGGGACGAACGCGACCGCGACCGUGAGCGCGAACGCGACCGAGACCGCGAGAGGGACCGCGAGCGGGAACGUGAAAGAGAGAGGGAUCGGUAUCGGGAACGAGAGCGUGACAGAGACAGGGAAAGGGAUGAACGGGACCGAAGAAAAAGGAGAACCAGUCCCGACGCCAGGAGAAGUAUAAGGAGCAGCCGAGUGUUAGCCACAGUACCGCCAAUGAGCAAAGAAGAACGGCGGCGAGCGUUCGCCGAAGCGGCCGCCGCGGCCGAGGACUCGCGCCGACAACGGGAACAGCACUAUGCUCACUACUGGCCCGAGCAGGCCUUCCCUCAGAUGUUCCCACCCGGAAUGAUGGGCGCACCGCCGAACAUGCUCCCGGGCAUGCCGCCGGGAAUGCCCCCGGGGAUGGGCGGGAUGCCGCCGGGGAUGCCCGGGAUGGCCGGGAUGGUCCCGGGCAUGGACGUGCCCGCGGAGUGGCUGGGGCCGGCGGGCGAGUUUCAGGGCCCGCCCGGUUUCUGUCCGCCGUUCGGAGGCCCGCAGCAGUUCUGCAUGCCGCAACCUAACGGCAUACGGGUGCUCGAGUCACCUACUGGGAAGAGUAUAAUGGGGAUGGGCGGGUAUGGGAUGCCCGGGUUCAUGUUCGGGCAGCAGAUGCCGCCUAACGCCUUCCCGGCCACACCGCAAGCUGAACCCAUGAUGCCACAGGCAGCCGAGCAGCCGCCUGAGGAGGUGAUCCUGCCGUCGCACUGGCGCUCGGCGCUGGACGCGCGCGGGCGCACCUACUACUACCACGUGAAGCUGCGCCAGCCGCAGUGGCUGCCGCCGCCGCCGCCCACAACCAACGGAGACGAUAGUUCGUCAGAGGAAGAAGCCGAGAUACCCGCCGACGCGCCGGCCGUGAGGCGACCAGGCAAGGUGGUCGAGGGAGUCAACGGUAUCAUUUAUGAAGUGGUUAAAGAGAAUCCUCACAACGGCUUGAUUCCCGACCACGCGCUAGUGAGUGUUAAACCGAGGAAGCGGCGCCCGGGGCUGGUCUCUGAGCGGCCCAUCAGUCCUCGAACGGAAGAGGACAAGCUAGCUGGGCGACUAGAGGUGAAGCGCUACAAGCAGACAAAAGAGAAGCUCCGGCGGCGCCGCGAGAAGCUGCUGCACAAGGUGCGCCAGCUGGCGCAGCGCUCCAGGAAACCCAACGUCGACGAACUCAAGAUCGUGGACCUCGCCGAAUCCGACUCAGACUCCGAAGCCUCAGUUGAAGAGACCGAGCCAGCGCCGGUACCGGUACCGGUGGCGGUGGUCGAGCCCGAACCCGUACCGGUUCCAUCUCCCCCCGUCGACGCCGAGGAAGCCGCGAGGAAACUGAAGGAACAGUUCCGGAGUAGCAUGGCCAGGGUUAUGGUGCACCAUCUUAACCCGUACCGGCACUCGGACGCGCCCGCUGGUCGAAUCACUUGCACGGCUGACUUCAAACAUCUGGCUAGAAAGCUAACCCACUUCGUGAUGCUAAAAGAGCUCAAGCACUGCCGGUCCGUGGACGAGCUGGUGGUGACGGACUCGGUGCGCUCCAAGGCCAAGGAGUUCGUGCGCAAGUACAUGGCCAAGUUCGGCAAGGUGUACCGCCGCCCCGCCGAGGAGGCCGACUAGCGGCAAGGGGGCGCCGAGCCCCGGGAAUAAACCGGACUACUAUGAGUGCGGUACUGUAACUUGCCUAG